AUGGCUGCCAUACUGGGCGUCAUCAUGAUUGCUCGGUUACAUGCCAUGUAUCAGAGAUCUAGAAUGAUGCUUACCUUCCUUGUCAUUAUCUUCUUGGCUGUUAACAUCGCCUGCGGAGUAAUCGCGGCAGUAGCACUCAAGGAUUCUGCGGCGGAGGAGCUGAUACUCUCUGGCACGUAUAUGUGCAAUUAUGAAUAUGAGGGGGAUUUCCAGCUUCUGGCCUCAAUGGUUUGGAUGCUCAACACUGUUUGGGAGGUCCUUGCACUGUGUCUGUCAGUCUGGAUUGCUGUGAAACACUUCCGCGACCUGCAACUACUCGGCCCAUUGACAAGAUUGACCAUCGGGGACUGUUUCAGAGUGCUGAUAAAAUCCCACGUGCUUUAUUUUGCAAGCUUUGCUUGUGUCUCUUGCCUCGAGUUGGGUUAUCUCUCUCUAGGGCUCUCGGAGUCAGAUUCUAUGGAAGUUGAGAUAUCCUAUGGUGCUCUUCAAAUUUUAUUGGUCGUGCAGAUGUUUGUGCUGGGACCACGCCUCAUCCUUAGCGUUCGAGAAUAUCACGCUAACCUCGUGGCCGACUCCGAUGCAGAGACUAGCCUGGAUUCGACUGUCUUCCAAGAGCAUGUACAUGUGCCAACUAGCAGUAUUGUGUAG